CGCCGCCACUUAGUGCUGCUGCCGCGGCGGCAGGUCAAUUUUAUUGGCGGAUAGAGAAGGAUGAUGGCAGGCAAUAACCAGCUUUGCAUUCGACGUUGGACUACCAAGAACGUGGCCAAGUGGCUGAAGGAAGAAGGCUUCUGCGAAUAUGUGGAUGUUCUGUGCAAUAGACACAGGCUGGAUGGAAUUACACUGCUGACACUUACUGAGUAUGAUUUACGCUCCCCUCCUUUAGAAAUCAAAGUCCUGGGGGAUAUCAAAAGGCUAAUGUUGUCCAUACGCAAACUACAGAAGCAACAUAUUGAUGUCCUAGAAGAGCUGGGUUACAACAGCGAUAGUCAUGUUGGCACAGCAUGCGCAAGUGUUGGGUCGCUACAGGGUACAGAUUGGUUUUGUAAUGGUGAAGUACCUCGGGACUGUGAUGGACCAAUUACUGACCUGAAUGGUGAUCAGUAUCAAUAUGCAAAUGGAAAAAACAAACACUCUACCCGAAGACUGGACCCAGAGUAUUGGAAGACGGUUUUAAGUUGUGUGUAUGUCUUCAUAGUGUUUGGCUUUACAUCAUUCGUUAUGGUUAUAGUACAUGAGCGUGUACCUGACAUGCAAACAUAUCCACCUCUACCAGACAUAUUUCUAGAUAGCGUCCCUAGGAUACCAUGGGCUUUUGCUAUGACUGAAGUAUGUGGCGUAAUUCUUUGCUACAUUUGGCUGUUGGUUCUUCUGCUUCACAAACACAGAUCUAUACUUCUGCGAAGGCUGUGCAGCCUCAUGGGGACAGUAUUCUUAUUACGUUGCAUUACAAUGUUUGUUACCUCACUCUCUGUGCCAGGCCAGCACUUGCAGUGUACUGGAAAGUUGUAUGGCAAUGUUUGGGCAAAACUCCAGCGGGCAUUUGCAAUAUGGAGUGGCUUUGGAAUGACUCUGACUGGAGUACAUACGUGUGGAGAUUAUAUGUUCAGUGGCCACACUGUUGUCCUGACCAUGCUCAACUUCUUUGUCACAGAAUAUACGCCAAGGAGCUGGAACUUCUUGCACACCUUGUCCUGGGUCCUGAAUCUCUUUGGAAUCUUCUUCAUUUUGGCUGCACAUGAACAUUAUUCUAUUGAUGUCUUCAUUGCCUUUUACAUCACUACAAGACUCUUUUUGUAUUACCAUACGUUGGCUAAUACUAGAGCAUAUCAACAGAGUAGGAGAGCAAGGAUCUGGUUUCCAAUGUUUUCUUUUUUUGAAUGCAAUGUUAAUGGUACUGUUCCCAAUGAGUAUUGCUGGCCCUUUUCAAAACCUACUAUACUGAAAAGAUUGAUUGGCUGAAGAGCCUGAGGGACACUUCAGAUUUUUAUGAAGCGUUAUGACUAAGAUCCUACAAGGCUAGCUGAGGGGGCAUGUAAAGUAACACUUUUCCCUCCGUGAUCUCCUCCUCCUUGUCUUGUUUCUUAGAUUCUUAGCCAUAAAAUGGGGUUCCCAUACUUCACAGGAAUGUGUUUUAUUUUCUUGUUGCUAAAAUAGAAAAAAAUGCAGGAACUGGUAAAGGCUAUCAAUGAACCAUGAAUAUGAACCAGAAUACUGUUAUCCUUGGUAAGGUUCUAUGUGAAUGUUUAAGUAACUUUAACCUCAAAUAUGUGCUUGUACUGAAUAUAUUAUACCCUUUACAGGUCCAAAUAAUCUCCAUUGCCUGACAUGCCAGCCUUUACAUAUACUGACUGAAAAAUCAGAACUUCAUGAAGACUUUCUUUUAAAACAGUCAUAAAUGUAAUUUUCAACACAAACUCUAUACUGGAAGAUUGAGGAGUACUGUGUCAUAAUAAGGAAAGCAGUAUAGCUCCUUGCUAAAAGGGUCUCUUAACUGUCAAUUAUACUUUAAGACUUGUUAUUUGACAGUAUAAAUGGUCUGCGUACAGGUUGCCAAAAAUGAAAGUCUGCAUUGUGGCUAUGCAGUGAUGAUGGUUUUUUUAAUGAGAGCUUAUUUAGUCUAGUCUAUCAGUUGUCUAUAUGGUUGUUCUAGCACUUGGAAGUUUUCCCUUUUGUGUUUAAAUAAAUGAGUUAAAGUAAAUGCUACAUCCACUGAAAGUAAAGUUAAUUUAGCUUUAGUGAGUUUAAAGCCACAAAAUAACUUGUGUGGUUUUAAUUGCUUUAUACCCAAACCUGUGCAUGCUUUUUGUAGGAACAGCUCUUUAACAUUGGAAAACCAGAACAGUUAUCUCCAUAUAUCUUACUGUCCCAUAAAUGGAUGGGGAAAAUGCAUGUAGUAACUCUUUCAGGAAAAGUAAUAAUAGUGAGUAUUGGAAAUAGUGCUCAUAUUGAUGUAUGUUUUAGCACUCUGGUGUCAACAAUAUGGUGAAUAUCUCUGGAUAUAUAUGCACAGUAUAUUUGUUUAUAUAUAUAUAAACACACACAGUAUAUGUUCUUUUACAAAGUAUGAAAAGAGACUAGUUCUUAAUUUAAGUUGCUCUUUUGCUACACUGAAACAUAAAAGUACCAUAAGCAGUUGACUUUUAGUCGUUUAAAAAAAAACAACAAACCCACAACAAAACACCUCCAAAAACCCCAAACCAACACUCCGAGUCCAUAAUGUGUAAGCAAGGCUCACACAGUUGGUGAUCUCUUACGCAGUGGUUUGUAAGGGGACAAUACUAACGCUGGCUGUAGAGACUUGAAAUUAGAUUUAUGCUAAAUGAAAAUUCAUAGGUAAAAGGUGCAAAUCAUAAAAAUGGUAUACACCUUUUAAUUUGGUUAUUGCCAUUUCAGAAUCGGUGGUAUGUGCAAAAGGUAGUGUAAGUCAGACUUGGAAAAUUACAUGAAGCAUUUCCAGCUUCGUACAAGCCAACUUAAUGGCCACAGUGUACUUAGGUUUGCAUGGAAAAGAAUCCCUUUGGAAUUUUGCAAGGUGGUUUUGUAUUUGGAGGCUUGUACCCUACUGUGGGCUACUCCUCUCUAUAUUGUGUUCCUUUUAUAAACCUGGAUUGUACUAACUUGACUAUCUUCAGCUCUUUGUAGUGUAUUACUUUUGUAACUUAAUUUAGCUCCUAUUCCACAGAGGAAUUGCGCAUCUUAGAGUAUCUCUGCCAACUGUAUUGAGCACACAUACAUUGUACUAUUCUGCAGACUUUUGUAUUUGUAACAUUCCAAUUUUUUAGCAAAAUUGCAGGUAGAAUACUGUAUUGUUUAAUCACCCGCAGCCUAAUGGCUCUUGCCAUCCAAAUUGGGGGAGUAUGCUUACACUUACGGAAAAAAAGGAGAAAAUAAUCUGAAAGAUUUAAAGACUUUUAAUUUGCUGUUCUUUCUGAUUUCAGAAAGGCAAUUUGAACAUUCCUCUUGAGACUAUAAUCAAAGAGCUCUAUUUGCUAAUUUAUAUUUGCCGUUGCAAUGCACACACAGUUAUGGAUGCUGUUUUUUAAACUAUAGGAAAGCAUCUGUUCUCAGUAUGUGUAGGAUUGUAUUCUGAGUUAAAACAUGUGGAGAGGUAAGCAACUAAACUGCAAAGCUGUUGAUUCUGAAAAGAACCAUGGCAGUGCUAACUGGCACAGCUGUGUCUAAAUGGAAAAAUUAUUUUGCAACUUAAGACAUGCAGAAGAAUUUUUGAGUACAGCCCAGUGUAACAAUGUUUACAUAAAGUAAAGCUAUCAUUUCAAUACUACUUUUUUUAAAUGAAGUUCAUAUACUUUGAAACAUAAGGCUUCUCUCUUUGCUCUAAUUUAAUUUUUCAAAUUCUGUUAAGUAAACCUAUGUUUUAAAUCAGCAUUGCCUAUCAGUGUUUUUUAAAGGAAAGUUUGUUCUUUUGUGCUGUUUCCCUUGAUGCUGUAUAUCUGAGUCAAGAUGUAAUAUACAGAGGUUGGUUUUGUGAGCAUUGAAGCAGGUUAAAAUAUUGUCAGGAUAAUUGUCCUUUUCUAUUUUGGAAGUUCAUUUUGUCUGUCUAUAAAUGUGCAAGAGGAAGGCUUGAAAUUGAUAGAAGAUAGAAAAAUCCGAUCUCAUACAAAAGAGCACAGGUCAGUCUGUAAAGUUGGUAAUGUAAGCUUUAUUGUUAAUUAGAUGGAAACAAGUUGCGAGUAACUGACAGGCUUAAAAUUCUGUACCUCCUUUUUAAAGAGUCAGUGUUUUAAAAGCAUUUUGCUGCUUCUCUGCUGCCGACAAGCACUCUUAAGUAAAGGCAGCAGGGUAUCUUUGGGCCUUGGAUUUAAUGCUAAGUACAUUCAGGGUUGUCCUUCUCCCUUAUGUACAUGCACCAGUCUUUUUGCUGACCUUUAACUUGCUGUACCUAUUUUGUGCAAAGUCAUCUUCUGUGGCAGCGCACACAUAAUCUGAAAACAGAGUAAUGAAUGAAUUACUGCAUAAUGUCAGGAAGUGUCUAACAACAUUAGUUUAGUACUACAAAGUGCACAAACUAAUCAAGUAGAAAAGUCUUAACUGAAUAAUUCUGGGUAUAAAAAAGAAGGGGAGGGCCAAAUUUUUUUGGUAGCUUAGCAAAUCUAGUAAUAUUUGAGACUUGAAAAUAGUCUUGAGCUCUUCCGUAUUAUUAUCAGUUUGGGGAUAUAUAUGCACAUACCUGAAAGUGAUAGACACAUAGGCAUUCUCCCUUCCUUUUUUUUUUUUUGUUGUACCUUAUGACACAGCUUCUUAUAAUAGCGUUCCUAAACUACUUCUUACCUUUAGUUUUUCCUUUCUGGAAGAUCCCUUAAACUAGUGGUUUUAUGACAUUACACCUGCAUACAGAAAUUAGACUUCCGUAGAUGUAUUUUUUAGCAAAUUCUGACUACACUGACAAAAGCUUAUGGAAGGAUCUUGAAGCACGGUUUCUCCAACUGUUCUUGAAUAAUGAUAUAGAAAGCUUCCAUAUAUACUAAUUAUCUUCAUGCCCUCUGGCAAACAAGAUAACAUGCAAAGUGUUGGUACAGAAAUGUAGAUAGUCCUGAACUAGUUAAAUGUCCAACACUAGCAAGAAUUGGAUACUGUAAGUAUACUGCCUGUGAUGAAGCAAUUAUAUGCUUAACUUUAAGCAAAUCACUAAAUACUCCUGACUUCAGUGAGGAUUACCAUUUUAGUUUAAGUGUUUUCUUGGAUAAGGCCAAGUGCAUGCUGAGUGUGAUAUACUGCUACAGUAAGGGGAAUAGGUAAUGUCACUUUCUUUUUGGU